UAUAUUCUUUCUAUCGCCACCAUUUCCUCCCUCCUUCCCUUGCCGCCCACCUUCACCUGCCUUUUUCCCAUUGCCUUUUUCAUCAGUUCUUUUUUUUUCUUUAAUCUAAAACCUUCAAGGUUUCAGCAAUCCUUUUAGAGCGAGAAAACGCGAAGAAGAGAGAGAAACCCUAGGGUUUGAAAACCAGAUAUUGGUGCCCAAAAUGGGGGGUGGCAAUGGCCAGAAAGCCAAGAUGGCCCGGGAAAAGAACCUGGAGAAGCAAAAGGCCUCCAAAGGUAGCCAACUGGAGUCCAACAAGAAGGCCAUGAGUAUCCAGUGCAAAGUGUGCAUGCAGACCUUCAUCUGCACAACCUCUGAGGUUAAGUGUAGGGAACAUGCUGAAGCAAAGCAUCCAAAGUCUGAUGUUUACCAGUGCUUCCCUCAUCUGAAGAAAUGAAAGCGUCUAAGAACUCCGGGAAACUGGAUUUUAAGUUUGAGGUUUAAGAGAUAAUAGAUCACUCCAGUAAUACUUCAAACUUUAAAUUGAUGGCUGCUACAUACAUGCUGUGAAUUGAAUUUGGUUUGGAGUCAUUUUUAGUAUGAUAUGGUGAACUUUGCUAAAAUGCGGAUAUUUGUUGAUAUGAUAUAUGGUUCUGUCCUUUUUGUGCUCAACUGUUUUCUGAACUUGGGCUUGUUCUAAUUUUGAGGAAUCAAGAGACCGCACCUUAGAUGUC